GUCACGCUGUUGCGCGGCGAGCACCUGCUGGCGGCGGACCGCGGUGGGACCUCGGACCCGUACGUCAUCCUCGACCUCUCGUCGAUCCAGCGCCGCUCCAGCACCGUCAAGAGGAGCAUUGACCCCGUGUGGAACGAGACGUUCCAGUGGAACGGCGUGCUGCGCGACCUGCUCGACGAUGGGCUUAUCAUUUCCGUCUUCGACCGGGAUAAGCACUCGCGUGACGACAACAUCGGCAUGGCGCACGUCAGCUUCGAUGCUCUGUUCGCCACGCGUGAGGCGAGCCUCUCUUGCGAGCUGUCGAUCCAAGGCACCAUCCACUUGGAGGUUAAGUGGCAGCGCGCGGCCGCAGAGGCCGAGGCCGCCCUCGCCGCCGGCCUCGCAGCCGCGCGCUCGGCGCCAGUUGACCCAGCGGCACUCUCCGGGCGUGGGGUGGUGGUUGUGCGGCUCUUCUCCGCGGAGGGUCUCCGAUCCGCAGACAGCAACGGCUUCUCCGACCCCUACGUGCGGCUUAGUCUCGCAGGGCGCAAGGAGACGUCGGAAACGCGCUACGAGACGCUGGACCCGAUCUGGGACGAGACGUUUUAUUUCCCGGGGGUUGUCAAGACCCUGCUUGCCGCGCCGCUCAAGCUUUCCCUCUACGACAGGGACAAGCUAGACGCCGACGACCCGCUAGGCGAGGUGAAGUUG